GGUCAAACUUGAUUUGGUCAAAUCCAACAAAGACACAUUUAGACGUUUUUUGUUUUUAGCAUCUAGUCCAUGUUAGACCUGGUCCACUUUGAAAACACCCAGACUUAGACUUAUCCCAUCUGGAGUGGAUUCAUCCACAGACCCCAAAUAUUGAUAAAGCCCCCAUUGUAACCUGAUAUUCUGGUAAUGCCACACCGUAUAUGCUCACCUAUGCACAAUGUCUCCCUCUGCUGGACAAAAACGCACAUUGAUUGUAUUUUCACAAAUACAAUAAAGGUUUCACAAAAAACAAUAGUGGGUGUCAGGCAAAGAUAAUGUCUUCCCUAAAAUGUUUUCACAUGGACAAGUGUCACAAAAAACAAAAUACUUUUAAUUUGUGUAUUUUUCCAAAAGGAAAGUGAACUAGCUUUAUUGCAUGUGAGAAAUAUGACUGAAACAAAUGAACGUUUACUUUAAAUGUGGAUCGGUUACUCUGAAUCCGCCAUGAUGGAUCUGGGGAAGCAUUUUCCCGCCCAAUAUCCGGACAUCGCCACCGAGUGAAGUUGGCCAAACAAACAAACAAACUGAGUCAGACUAUCUGGAUAAUAAACACUGAGCUCAGACUAUCUGGAUAAUAAACAAUUCCGUCUGACAUAAAAAUGAGUGGUUCGGCAGGAUUCAUGGAGGACGUCCUUAAAGUUGAAGGAGCAGGUGGCUGCAUCCCGGAGCCUAAAAUUGAUCAACUGAAGAGCAAACUUACGAGCCUGCAACGAGGUAAACGGGAGCUUGAGCAAGACAUCGAUGAGAGGACUUCUGUCAGUGAAUCCCUCCAGAAGGAGCUGGAUACAUUACAAACAGAAGCUUGCCAGCUGGAGAAAAGCCACCAAGAAAAGGAAGCGUUGUGCCGGAAGCUGCAGUUCCAAUGCGAGGAAUCCGAGCACGAGUCUUUCAGACUCGCCGAGGAGAACAGGAAAAGAGAAGAACUUGUGGCACGGCACAGGUGUGAAAUCCAGGAGUUGAAGCUGAAGAAGCGGAAGAUACGGGUGAAGUUUGAGAAUCAUCUUCACCAGCUGAUGGAGCAGCACAAGAAGCUGUACUCCGUCAUUAAAGACUCGCAGCAGAAGCAGUGAACGCACCACACCUCUUCUACGUGUAUUUCCAUUUUCUUCUCAUCUAUUUAGGAAACAUCUCAGCUUCUCGCCCCCGGGUGUCCCCACUGUAUGUCUCGCUUUUCCUGACACUUGACUAUUUGAUUGGAUCCAAGACAUCUCUCGUGUGUCAAAUAGUAUCAAAAUACUUUGUCACUGCUGUCACCUUAAAAAAGUAUAAGAUAAACUUCCAGUCAAAAGAGUGAUUUAUGACCCCCACGUGACAUCCUUUCACGCCAGUGCUGCAUGAACAUGGGAGGAAGCCGAGCAUCACGGAGCUAAAAACAUGAAGGGGCGAGUUUCAUUGAAAAAAAUACAGUAAAAGUUGAUUUGCUAACCAAAGGGGACAUCGCUGAUAUCGGUCCGUCUCGCCAUCUCACACAAAAACAAAGAAAAAGUCUAAUCACCUUUUUGGAUGGUGAUGGCUUCUCACAAUGACGUACGCAUGUAGGAAGAAGCAGAGAUCAUGUAAUCCCGCCCCUUGUCCUUUUUGCAUGAGCCACCGAUAGUUGUUCACGUAUCCGAUGUUUACAGAUUUUUCCCAAUUUGAAUGAAAAUGCUUGAUGGUGCAGUUUUGCCAGCUUGUGGAUUACUCCUUCAGUGAUUCAUUCAUUCAUUCAUUUUCUACCGCUUUUCCUCACGAGGGUCGCGGAGGGUGCUGGAGCCUAUCCCAGCUGUCUUCGGGCGUAAGGCGGGGUACACCCUAGACUGGUCGCCAGCCAAUCACAGGGCACAUAUAGACAAACAACCAUUCACACUCACAUUCAUACCUAUGGACAAUUUGGAGUCGCCAAUUAACCUAACCUAACCUGGAAUGUGGGAGGAAACCGGAGUAUCCGGAGAAAACCCACGCAUGCACGGGGAGAACAUGCAAACUCCACACAGAGAUGCCCAAGGGUGGGAUUGAACCCUGGUCUCCUAGCUGUGAGGUCUGUGCGCUAACCCCUAGACCACCGUGACCCUUCAGUGAUUCAUGACUGCAAAAAUAAACCAAUAAUCAACUAAAAUGUAGGAAAUAGAACCACAACAACAAAUAUUUGCACGAUAUUAAAUAAUAGAUGCUGCAUGUUAACGACGCUAAGUAAUAACCGACAUAGCAAUAUGUAGUAUGAAUAAUUCACAAAUACAGUAAACCUCGGAUAUAUAUCGGAUUCAAUUGUUCCCACUGGUUUUGUCCGAUAUAAGCGAAAUCCGUUAUAUGCGUAUACCGGAAAAUGUCCGUUUGUCGGAUUUUAUCCGUUCUAAAAAGGCACUUCCUUGACUAUGUUUCCAAUGUACCUGGACUGGGCAAUGAAAAGAGACGUAAGGUCAUGAGAAUUGAACUUUAUUGGACUCUGAGCAUAACAAAUUGUUAAUUAAGCUAGGCCCUGUUACGCCCGUCAGGCCUACGUUAUUUCCAAUAGUGAGGUUAAGAUCUCAUUCACUGCUGUGCUAGUAUUAUUGACGUCACUCACUUUUAUAUUUGUCCGAAAUCUGGAGCCAGGAGAAAGACAAUAGCCAGUGACAUCAACAAGAUUAGCAUAACGAUGCGAAGAGGGAAAUUUCAUGGAAAUGCAUUGGAACGGGACUGGAGAUUUUGUCCGAAAUAGGCGAAAUCCGUUAUAAAAAAUCCGAUAUAUGCAAUUAAUUUUUAUUGGAAAUGCAUUACAGAAAAAUCUGUUCUUUUUUAUCUGUCCGUUGUGAGCGAAUUUCCGAUAUAUCCGAGGUUUACUGUAAUAGGAAUAUUGUGCUGUCCACACAUGGGCGGGUAUCUCAUAAAACCAAGUUAUUUUUCCAUGAUUUGGGCUAUCAUCCACACAGGCCCACCGAUAUCUGGCACAAGGUUUUCAAAAGCUCCGGCCAAGAGACAAAUCGGCUUAAGUUUGGGUAUGGACACAAAUAACUGUAGUUUUACAUUUGGAAAUGUCACCGCCUGUGACAAAGUACGCAAAGUAACAUCACACACGCGACAUGUGUUUACAUCAGAAACAACAUGGCUGAUUGACAGCUCAGCCACUCAGCCACUCAUUCACCAUGAAUGAAUUUAGAUUCAUUUUGUAGGCGCAUGACAGUUUACAUUUGAAUAGUAGUGUUUGUUAUUGUUUAUAUUAUUUAGGUUUGUUGUGAUCACGUGGAUGAGGGAAGUAGGUCAAAUGGAUAUGGGCGGUGAUGGUUUGAUAAUAAUAAUAAUAAUAAUAAUAAUAAUAAUAAUAAUAAUAAGAAGAAGAAGAAGAAGAAGAAGAAGAAGAAGAAGAAGAAGAAGAAGAAGAAGAAGAAGAAGAAGAAGAAGAAGAAGAAGAAGAAGAAGAAGAAGAAGAAGAAGAAGAAGAAGAAUAAUAAUAAUAAUAAUAAUAAUAAUAAUAAUGUGUCCAGAACAUGUGGAAGCAGGUCUGAUGAUACGACUACAAAGUCCAUCAGAGUCCAUCAUCAGUCCAUCAUCUGCUGUCUUCGGCACCCUGGACUGGUGGCCAGCCAAUCCCAGGGCACAUAUAGACAAACAACCAUUCACACUCACAUUCAUACCUAUGGACAAUUUGGAGUGGCCAA